UGCUGAAACGCGCGCAGAAAAGCUCAUAGCAACAUUGAGACCUGAUGAGCAGCUCCGAUACAGGCGCAGCGAUAUUUUUCUUUUCUUCCCAUUGAUUCAAGGAAAGUUGAGCACCGUUUUUUAAUGUGGCUAUAGACGUUCUUUUUUAUUAAAAUAGAGGCUUGCCCAAGUGCGUAAUAUCCAAAGAUGGUUCGAGUUUUACAGGAGGUGAAGCUGCUGGAUCUACUGGCAUGACUUUACUGAAUAUCACCUGGGGAUCAAGUUAAAAUGUCUGGGGAAUUUAUCGGAGGUCUGUACGAAGACUCGGCGGGAACAGGGACUAACUUCAGCUUCGUUUUUAACGCGACCAACCGCUCCACCUCCGCCGACAGUUCCCACCUGUCAGAUUUAGGGAAAACGGACUUCGUGGGAGAUGGCGCCGCGGUUGUGCGGAUUAUCAUCUCAGUCAUUUACUCUCUGGUCUGCGCGCUCGGGCUGGUCGGGAACUUGCUGGUCCUGUACCUGAUGAAGUCUAAGCGCGUGUGGAAGAAGUCCUCCAUCAACCUCUUCGUGACAAGUUUGGCGGUGACAGAUUUCCAGUUCGUGCUGACGCUGCCGUUCUGGGCGGUGGAGAACGCGCUGGACUUCACUUGGCUCUUCGGCAAAGCCAUGUGCAAGAUAGUGUCCUAUGUGACGGCCAUGAACAUGUACGCCAGCGUGUUUUUCCUCACGGCCAUGAGCGUGGCCCGGUACUGGUCGCUGGCCUCCGCGCUGAAGGGCAGGCGGCGGCGGACGCACUGCUGCUCGGCGCGCUGCAUCACGGUCCUCAUCUGGUUCGCCGCUGUCUUCGCCGCGCUGCCGCACGCAGUCUUCUCCACAACCGUCAGCGUCUCCAACGAGGACCUGUGCCUCGUGAAAUUCCCCGAAACCAACGGAAGCGCGCAGUUCUGGCUCGGGCUCUAUCACUCUCAGAAAGUGCUGCUGGGCUUCGUGGUGCCUCUGGGCAUCAUCUGCGCCUGCUACCUGCUCCUCCUGCGCUUCAUCACGUCCAAAAACAGCAACACCUCCAGCGCCAAGCGACGCGCCAAGGUCACCAAGUCCGUCACCAUAGUUGUGCUGUCCUUCUUCCUCUGCUGGCUGCCCAACCAGGCGCUCACAGCCUGGGGCAUCCUCAUCAAACUCAACGUGGUCCACUUCAGCUACGAGUACUACACCACGCAGGUGUACGUCUUCCCCGUGUCCGUGUGCCUGGCGCACUCCAACAGCUGCCUGAACCCCAUCCUGUACUGCCUGAUGAGGCGGGAGUUCAGGAAAGCGCUGAAAAAGCUCUUCUGGCAGGUGACUUCGCCCACCCUCACCACCAUCAGGCCGAUCACAGCCACGACAAAGCCAGAGACGGACGGACAGGGACGCGUCCUGGUCCCCCUCGGCGCGCCCGAGGAGGCCCCUGUUGUGUUUUAUCCUCCGGGAGCAGUGAUGUACAAUGACAGGAGAGAUCUGCCACGAAACAGCACUUAGUCUAAAGUGCCACGGACUGUGUAUUUUAAUGCUCUGUGAGUUUUAUUAUAUGUGUUAAUGUUAAUGGACAUCAUCUCACAGUUGGCAGAGGGGCUGCGGUGUGCGUCCAGCUUGGAUGUGCGUAAUUGGCGUGAAGAGCGCAAACAGAAACUGGCCUGUAAACCACCAUCCUCUCAGUUAAUCACAUUGGCUCCUGCUUGUCUGUCACUUUGCCCACUUCGUCUCUGUGCUUUGCUCUCAGCUACUCUUUAAAAUAAAAGAGGGGAGGGCC